AUCUCCCUCCCUCCAAAGCACUCAUUUUAUUUUUUGUUCAUAAAAAAAAUGAAUUCGUCAAAUUGGAUCGACGACGACGCUUUUACAGAGGAAGAGCUUCUCGCUAUCGACGCCAUCGAAGCUUCCUAUAAUUUCUCCCUUUCUUCUUCUUCCGCUUCUCCGACCGUACAAGCUACAACCUCCGGCCAUGGCCACGAGGAGGAUCCAAAUCAAAUCCCCAAUAAUAUCCGUCGCCAAUUGCCUCGCUCCAUCACUUCUCCUACAUCUUAUAAACGAUUUCCUCUCUCUCGUUGCCGAACUAGGAAUUUUCCAGCAAUGAGGUUUGGUGGUAGGAUUUUGUAUAGCAAGACUGCUAGUGAGGUUGAUAAGCGAGCAAUGCAGCUUCUUAAAGUUCUUGAUACCAAGAAAGAUGAAUCUGGAAGAGCUUUUGUUGGCUUUGAUAUUGAGUGGAGACCAAGUUUUAGAAAAGGUGUUCUCCCGGGGAAGGUUGCAACUGUCCAGAUAUGUGUAGAUAAUAAUUAUUGUGAUGUUAUGCAUAUUGUUCAUUCUGGUAUACCGCAAAGACUCCAACAUCUGAUUGAGGAUUCAACACUUGUAAAGGUAGGUAUUGGAAUUGAUGGUGACUCUGUGAAGCUUUUCCAUGACUAUGGAGUUUCCAUCAAAGAUGUCGAGGAUCUUUCAGUUUUAGCCAACCAAAAAAUUGGUGGUGGUGGAGAUAAAAAAUGGGGCCUUGCCUCACUAACUGAGACACUUGUUUGCAAAGAGCUCCUGAAGCCAAACAGAAUCAGGCUUGGGAACUGGGAGGUUUAUCCUCUAUCAAAGCAGCAGUUACAGUACGCAGCAACAGAUGCUUAUGCUUCAUGGCAUCUUUACCAGGUUCUUAAGGACCUUCCUGAUGCUGUCGAUGGUUCAUAACGUGGACGAAGCAUAUGAUUCCUAUGGGAUUAAAUGAUAUGAUACACAUAAUCUAGUCCAGUAGAUGUAAUUCUUAUGGGAUUCGCAAAAGCCACUUGAACACUGUAUCUAGUUCUGGUUCAUUUUAUCGUCCAGAAACUAGUGGGCUUAUGGUAAGCUCUUCUUCUUAGAUCGUUGAUUCAAACUUU